AAGAGCCCCGCCCCUGGUCUUAUGACUCCAGCUGAAGCAGCGAGUCCGGGCUUCUGCGGUGCCUCUGGUCGGUGGUCGCCCGUGCUUUCGCUUUCUCAGGGCUGUGAGGGUGUUCGUUGGAAUUGUCGGUCCAGUCGUCACUUGUCCUGAGGGAUCACGAUGCGCCUCCUCUCUCCGGUUACGGGCUCGAAGCUCGUCCUGCUCUUUCUGUUCCUGGGAGCAGUUCGGUCCGAUGCAUUGAAACUUAAUUUGACAGAUUCAAAGGGUACUUGCCUUUAUGCAGAAUGGGAGAUGAAUUUCACAAUAACAUAUGAAGCUCUAAAAGUCAAUGAAACUGUAACCAUUACAGUGCCUGACAAGGUGACAUACAAUGGAAGCAGUUGUGGCGAUGAUAAGAAUGGUGCCAAAAUAAUGAUACAAUAUGGAUCCACUCUCUCUUGGGCUGUGAAUUUCACCAAGGAAGCAUCUCAGUAUUUUAUUAACAACAUCACGCUUUCUUACAACACUAAUGAUACCAAAACAUUUCCUGGUGCUGUACCUAAAGGAAUCCUUACUGUUAUCAUUCCUGUGGGAUCCCAGCUUCCAUUGGGUGUCAUCUUUAAGUGCAGUAGUGUUUUAACUUUCAACCUGAGUCCUGUUGUUCAGCACUAUUGGGGCAUUCACCUGCAAGCUUUUGUCCAAAAUGGUACAGUGAGUAAACAUGAACAAGUGUGUAAGGAGGACAAAACUGCUACCACUGUAGCACCCAUCAUUCACACCACCGUGCCAUCGCCUACUACGACACUCACUCCAACUUCAAUACCCGUUCCAACUCCAACGGUUGGAAACUACACCAUUUCUAAUGGCAAUGCUACCUGUCUGCUGGCUACCAUGGGGCUGCAGCUGAACAUCACCGAGGAGAAGGUGCCUUUCAUUUUUAACAUCAACCCUGCCAUAACCAACUUCACCGGCAGCUGUCAGCCCCAAACAGCUCAACUUAGGCUGAACAACAGCCAAAUUAAGUAUCUCGACUUUAUCUUUGCUGUGAAAAAUGAAAAACGGUUCUAUCUGAAGGAAGUGAAUGUCAACAUGUAUUUGGCUAAUGGCUCAGCUUUCCAUGUUUCAAAUAACAACCUUAGCUUCUGGGAUGCUCCUCUGGGAAGUUCUUAUAUGUGCAACAAAGAGCAGGUGGUUUCCGUGUCUCGAACAUUUCAGAUAAAUACCUUUAACCUGAAGGUGCAACCUUUUAAUGUGACGAAAGGAGAGUAUUCUACAGCUGAAGAAUGUGCUGCUGACUCUGACCUCAACUUUCUUAUUCCUGUUGCAGUGGGUGUGGCCUUGGGCUUCCUUAUAAUUGCUGUGUUUAUAUCUUACAUGAUUGGAAGACGGAAAAGUCGUACUGGUUAUCAGUCUGUAUAAUCAAACCAGUCUAGUGCUUCCAUUGGCCAAAAGCCAAGAAUCGCUGUGCGAUAAAUAGGAUUCACAGACUGACUUCAGUGAGUUGCAAGCUGGCUUGGGCAUGAGUAGAACUUUAAAAAUGUAUUAGGACCAGUCUUUAUUUCCAUUAUUUUCUUAUCCGUUAAGAUGUAAUUGAAAGAAAACUUAUGACUUAGACUGUCUUUUUAAAGUAAAUAAUUUUAAGCAUUUGGAUCCAAUUUUGGAAGCAUUUCUACUGAAGUAUAAUUUUAUAUGUUGCCAUUAGUUGUAUUUUGCUACUUUGAUGUUAUUUGCAAAAUCAGAGCUGAUGGAGAAUGUCACUUGCUUCCUGAAAUAAGUUUUGAAACAUAAUGAGUUUAGCUCAUAAUGAGAAUGACUUUCUGCACUUUCUAAGGUGGAUUGUUUAAAUCUGUGUAAUUCUGUUACUUUAAAAAGGGGUCUGGGGGCUGGAGAGAUGGCUCAGUCGUUGAAGGCUAGGCUCACAACCAAAAAUAAAAAGAGGUCUGGGAUGUAACCCAGUGGUACUGCAUGCAUAUGUGAAGUUCUGGGUUCCAGCCUCACAACUUUGAAAGUAGCAUUUUAAACAAACUACACUCAACAGAAAAUUCUGCCUAUUUCUCCAUUACUGUUAGAGCUACUAUAUUUUAAGAAGCAAUUUUUGUUUGUUUUUUUGGCUUCUGCCGUUUGGGAUGUAUUGAUUAUAUUAAACCUGACAUUUUUACUGCAAGAUGAAGCAAUACCGUUUGUGUUUUUUAAGGUGUUGAUUUAGAGUAGGCUAUGUUUCUUUAAGGAUAUAAUUUAGAAUUGUUUCCCGGGUUUAACUUGUUCAGAAAGUGAAUUCAUCCGGCACUAACAAAAAGAAAAACCCCUCUGUAUACUUUUUGUGCCUCAGUGAGUUCAAAAAUUGAUAUUUCUAAUGCACUGACUUUUUCCUCUCACAGUGGCAAGUGCUAACUGUGGAAUCUAGUGGACCCUGACAGGUCAUCUGUCAGGUGGCUGCCUAACCAAAGCUUGCCUGGGGUGAUCUUACAAAUGUAUUGAUCUUCAUAGAGACUUGUAUCCCUGUAGGAGCCAUAUGUGGCUGUGGCUUCUGGAGUAAGGUAGUAGACACUACUUAUCCUUAUGUUUGUUGGCUCUUUAGCCACUGAGUUACUUCGGAUGUUAAAUACUGUGCAUGUUUAUGUCCCAGAUGUCAGCUUUGCACACCUCAUACUAGCACGAGGCAGACAUUGAAUUUUCUCCAGCUAUUUUCUCUCUACUAAGAACUGAGGAGUCCAAAGAUCUGCUUUCACUUCAGAGAUUUUAGUCAAGCCUAAAAUAUUGAUCUUAAGUCCAAGUCAGUGGUUCUCAACCUGUGGGUUUUGACUCAUUAACAAGCCAGUCUCCAAAAAUAUUCAUAUUACAGUCCGUAACAGUAGCUAAAUUGGUUAUGAAGUGGCAACAAAAAUAUUUCAUGGUUGGGGGGUCAGCACAACAUGAGGAACUGUAUUAAAGGGUUGCAGCAUUAGGAAGGUUGAGGACCACUGGGCAAAGUGAUGCUAGUUUGGGAGCAGAUCCCACAAUCAAAUCCCAAUCUACCUCUCAGCACACUGCAGCUGCUCACCACUGUGCUGCUGCCACCAGCUGCUGCCAGGGUAUUUUACCAUUAACCACAGUUACAAAAUCCUGUUAAAAAGAAAGCAGGUUUGCCAAGAUGCUUUCCUGCUAUCUUAUCUCUGUUCAUCUCCAAAGCAGAGACACCCAACUGUGUAGAAUGCUGGGUAACUCAAUCCCUCUCCUUUAGCAGAGUCAAAUGCUCCAUUUGCUCUAAAAGAUACAGAACGGCUUUUAACAAAAUGUCCUCCAAAGGCUUCUGCCUAUUUGUUAUUUAGCAAAAGUCAUUUAGCCAAAAUUCGGGUACUGUAAAGAACAGUGGCUUCCUUUCAAUAUAUAUUUUGGAUAUUAUCUAGAAGCCUAAUUAAUUAAAUGGACUUUUUGGCUUGCUAAGUAGAUGGCUUGAAUAUUCAGAGAGAUUCCAAAAAUAUGGGUAUAUUCAAAACCUUUCUACUUUUUGAGCAGGAAGCUAAUGUAAUUCUUCAUUAGGUAUUAUGGCUUUAUAUUAGGCAAUUAGCAGACAUGUCUUUUAUUCACUGAGCAUUAAAAUACAAAAUUGUAGGAGGUUAAAAAAGUUGCUUCAAUUCCGAUGAAGUUCAAAGUCUGUGAACUGAGUGGAGUGUUCAAUUAGCUUUGCUUUGUAAGUUCGUGUUAUCCCAAUGUAACAGUGGAUCUGACUAAGACUUUGAUCACACUUAUGGAUGGUGAAUCAUUUUCUACCUAAUCCUCUUUGGGAGAACUGAUGCUUGCUGUUCUUUCAAGUUUUGGAUUUGUCCAUUUAAGGAACUAAUGGAUCCAGGGAAAAUAAAGUAUACUGUGGUAUUCUUGUUUGAUCUCAUAUGUGUGAUUUUAGAUCGAUGCAUUAACGCUAAUAAAGGUGAUACAUUCCAUGCCA